UUUUACAUAAAUCUCCAAUUCAAAUAUGGCCAGUGGUGUAGUCACACCCCCCGCGAUCAAACGCCUCCAGCAAGAUCUCAAAUCUCUAAAAGAGUUCCCCCUCGUGGGGGCCAAUGCAGAGCCCUUCGAUGACGCCGAUCUGACCGUAUGGUAUGGACUCAUCAUUCCCCCAGAAUCAUCCCCUCUUUCCGAAAUCCCACUCCGAUUCACGCUGGAGUUUCCCAACGAGUAUCCUAACCUCCCACCCAAAGCGUACUUUGACACUUACGUCGCCUACACGAAUGGGGUGCAGCUGAAAGAUUCGCGAGGACGGACAGAAGUAUGUCUCAACAUUUUCGGAAACUUUAAAGGCUACCACAGCGAAUGGGGGACAAGCAGUGAAGGCUGGAGUCCUAGCUAUACAGUGACCACGAUUCUAGUCUCGAUGCAAGGAAUGAUGGUGGACGGGAUGCUGUCCGAUUCGUUGGACUAUGUCAUGGAAAUGGCUGAAUCGGCCCGAAAGUUUCGGUGCCCCAUAACUCACCACGAUGGGAGUGAUCCAGCAAAAUAUUUCCCUCGAGUGAUCACUUCCCCGGAGGAAGCCGCCCAGAUCGCAGCAUUGCAUGCUUCCUCCCAAGUGCAAUCCACACCUCUGGAUAAUCACUACAUUUGCUACGCCAACCAGCAAAAGACUGCACGCAACGCUGUCCUCGGCUAUGGCGUUCAUGUCGUAAAUUCUCGCCUCGGGACGCUCUCAUCACCCUGCGAGUACCUCAGUCUGGAUUCUUACAAAAAUUCAGGAAUUCGACGAAGUUCUACGAAUCUCCCUUUCGAGCAUUGGCUGCCCAUCCUCGUCAAUAUGCCGUAUUUUACACUAUCUAAACGUAAUGGCUACAAAAAUGGGAGACAAUAAGACACCCCAAUUAAAAACGGCAGUCAAUUAAAAAAUGAACUAAAAUUCAACAAGUACGAUAAGAUAUCAAGGUCCCAGAUAACAAAGACUAAUGUCUAUAUUGUUUCAUUUCAUGAAUAAUAUGUGUACGUUAAGGUUUCUGGAUAUUUAGUUGUUAAAAGUGAGAAAUUCAAUUGCUAAGAUGGCUGCAACUAGAUAUUUUAUAUUAAAUAGUGACAUGAGACUGAGGAGGUACGAUAAUAAUAAGAAUGACAACGAGACAGAAACAAAAAUUUGCA